AUCAAUAAUGGUGGUGUGGUGCCUCUCUCUAACUUAACCCCACCAAAUUAUGAAUUUGUGGGCUCUCUCUCUCUCUCUCUCCAUCGAUCUUUAUAAAGCAGUUGGAGCUUCCCCAUUUCCUCAUGCACACAUAACCAAGUCCAAAACUCCACUCCAAACUCAAUAACUUCCUUUUUCUCUUCAAAAACAUCAUCACACACAGCCUAUAUAAAUCCAAAUACUUUUCUCUCAUUUCAUUCUCAAAAGAAGCAAACAAUAGAAAAGGAAGAGACGCGCGGCUUCUUGGACGUUUCUCUUCUUCAGUUGUUUCUUUCCCCUGUUUUCAACUGCAGCUCAAAGUUUUCAAAUUUUAAGCCAUUUUCAACUCCCUCUCUCUCACCCACGCACACACAAACACAGAGAUGGGUUCAAUCUUGAAAAUGUUGGGAAUCAACGUUUUGGUGUUUACGGCGCUGUUAUUGUUGGCCUGCUCAUCAGUUAAUGCCACAGUUUCCUAUGAUGACAAAUCUUUUAUCAUUAAUGGAAAGAGGAAAAUUCUUGUUUCCGGUUCCAUUCACUAUCCAAGAAGCACACCUGAGAUGUGGCCCGAUCUCAUUCAAAAGGCUAAAGAUGGAGGGUUAGAUGUUAUACAGACUUAUGUGUUUUGGAAUGGGCAUGAACCUUCUCCUGGGAAGUAUAAUUUUGAAGGGCGUUUCGACCUUGUCAGAUUCAUCAAAGUGGCGCAGCAAGCAGGCCUCUACGUGCACCUCCGCAUUGGGCCGUAUGUUUGUGCAGAGUGGAAUUUUGGGGGAUUCCCUGUUUGGCUCAAGUAUGUGCCGGGAAUCGAGUUCAGAACAGACAAUGGGCCUUUCAAGGCUGCUAUGCAAGGUUUUGUUCAAAGGAUAGUCGGGUUGAUGAAGUCGGAGAGAUUGUUUGAGCCUCAAGGAGGGCCUAUAAUCAUGUCUCAGAUAGAAAAUGAAUAUGGACCAGUAGAGUGGGAAAUUGGUGCUCCUGGUAAAGCUUAUACAGCAUGGGCAGCAAAGAUGGCGGUGGCUCAAAACACCGGUGUCCCGUGGAUCAUGUGCAAGCAAGAAACUGCCCCCGAUCCCAUUAUAGAUACUUGUAACGGGUUCUACUGCGAAGGCUUUCGUCCUAACAAGCCAAACAAGCCAAAAAUGUGGACUGAAGCCUGGACUGGCUGGUAUACACAAUUUGGUGGACCAACUCCUUACAGACCUGCUGAAGACUUGGCCUUUGCAGUGGCUAGAUUUGUGCAGAACAAUGGCUCGUACUUCAAUUAUUACAUGUAUCAUGGAGGGACGAACUUUGGACGAAAUGCAGCUGGUCUUUUCGUUGCCACCAGCUAUGAUUAUGAUGCUCCAAUCGAUGAAUAUGGACUAUUGAAUGAGCCCAAGUGGGGGCACUUGAGAGACUUGCACAAAGCAAUCAAGCAAUGUGAGCCAGCUCUAGUGUCUUCUUAUCCCACAGUCACAUGGCCUGGGAAAAAUCAAGAGGUUCAUGUCUUCAGAUCCAAGACUGGGGCUUGUGCUGCAUUUCUUUCCAACUACGACCCUACAUUCUCCACGAAGCUGACCUUCCAAAACGUGCAGUAUGAUUUGCCCCCUUGGUCGAUCAGCAUUCUGCCUGACUGCAAGACUGUUGUUUACAACACUGCAAGAAUUAGCUCAAAAAGCUCCCCACCGAAGAUGUUACCUGUGGGAGGUGGAUUACAUUGGCAAUCAUACAACGAAGAGACUCCUUCGGCUGAUGAUAGUGACACACUUACAAUGUCUGGCUUGUUGGAGCAAGUAAAUGUUACAAGAGACUCAUCUGAUUAUCUGUGGUAUCUGACAGAUGUGAAUAUAGCAUCUAAUGAAGGAUUCUUGAAGACUGGGGAGUGGCCUCUUCUCACAGUUUUGUCAGCUGGACAUGCCUUGCAUGUUUUCAUCAAUGGAAAGCUUGCAGGAACCACGUACGGAGGUCUGGACAAUCCCAAGCUGACGUAUAGUGGCAAAGUAAAUUUGUGGGCUGGAGUCAACAAAAUAUCUCUGCUUAGUGUUUCUGUGGGCCUUCCGAACGUCGGUGUGCAUUACGAGAGAUGGAAUGAAGGAGUUCUUGGUCCUGUCACUUUGAAGGGCCUCAACGCGGGCACAAGAGACUUGACAAAGCAGAAAUGGUCUUACAAGACUGGUUUGAGAGGCGAAUCGCUCAGCCUUGCAACACUCACAGGAAGUUCUUCAGUUGAAUGGGUGCAAGGAUCCCUCCUUGCUCAGAAGCAGCCCCUAACGUGGUAUAAGACUACAUUUGAGGCGCCAGCCGGGAAGGAUCCAUUAGGUUUGGACAUGAUGAGCAUGAGCAAAGGCGAGGUAUGGAUCAACGGGCAAAGCAUAGGCAGACACUGGCCUGCAUACAUAGCAAAAGGUAGCUGUGGAAACUGCAACUAUGCAGGCACAUUCUCUGAGAAGAAAUGCCAAAGAAAUUGCAACCAACCCUCUCAGAGAUGGUACCAUGUUCCGCGUUCUUGGCUGAAACCAAGUGGCAACCUGUUGGUCGUGUUUGAGGAAUGGGGCGGUGACCCGACUAAGAUCUCCUUGGUCAAGAGAACAGCAUAAUGGCAGUAUGAAUGAUCAGCUAAAAAAAGAUCAAGAUAUGAAUGAUCUUCAAGUAAAGAAUAUUGAAUGUGGGAUUGAAUCUCAACUGCGACAACAAACAAGAUUGCUUCAGGGAUGAUGAAUUGUAAAGCUGUGUCAUUCUCCUGUUAGCGGAUACAGAUGGAUGCAGUUGAGAAAACAAAAAUUGUUCGCAACAUACAUACAUACACCAUAUAUAUUUGAAUGUAAUGAAGCUUCUUAUACAGUUAUACUUACUCAAGUUCAAUACAGAAUCCCUUGUACAUAACAAA